AAUCAAAGCAUUGAAUUGAAUGCAAAAAAUGCUUUCAAUGUAUGGUUUGUUUGCAUCGAAAGUGAAACGCUUCCCAAAUGUGACACAAAUCUCUUCGUUAUUAUCUGUAGUGCGGAGAAUGAGUGGUGAUAUGACGGGCAAGAAGUUGGUUUGGGUUGACUGCGAGAUGACUGGUCUCGAUGUGAACGCCGACCGACUUCUGGAGGUGGCCGUCAUUGUGACGAAUGGCAACUUGGAUACGAUCAGACAAUUGGGUCCAUAUGUCAUCCAAACGAGUAAACAGAUUUUGGAUCAAAUGAACGACUGGUGUGUGAAGACGCACAACGAGUCGGGUCUUGUGAAGCAAUGUCUGGAGUCGGAGCUGACCGUCGAAGAAGUGGACAAAAAGCUGUUCGAAGCCAUGAAUGAACUGAAUAUCAGUAACAGUCUAUUGGCUGGAAAUUCCGUCAGUAAGUGA